CCUACUGCUGUGUAUUCCUCCUUGAGGGACCGUGGUGCGAGUGUCCCUCCGUUCCUGCCCCACCGAGGGCAGCGGCGCUCGCAGAUGGGGCGGGAACUCAGCCUGGUGAGGCAGGCAGAAGUGUCCAAACCUAACGAAAUACCUAAGGAGAUGCAGUGGAAAGCAAAACGCCAAAUAUAUCCGGGAUUGUUGUGGCAGUUGCCCGCUAAAGGGUGCCUGUGUAGGGUCAUGUAAUUUCUUCCUUAAGGGUUACCACUCACAUUUGAACAUUGAUGUGGAUUCGAAGUCAGUUUUGUACUUGGAGUAAAGUUAAAUCUUAACUAUAAAGCAGAGCCAGAAUUGCUUUCACCCUUGUAAGUGGUACCACACAGAAUGGUGGAGUUCAGAAGUGUACUCCAAGAUGGUUCUGGGUUUCCUUGAAGUGAGCUCUGAGUUAUCUGGCCCAUAAAAACACUUUCUACUGAUAGUGGGGAAAAGAGCUGGCCGGCCUCCCUGCAUUGACCAGGCUUUUACCUCACUCUUCUGGUCACAUCUUCGAUCUGAGAAUUAUCCAAACAUGCUGGUUACUCACUUUUUCACUUAGGACUUAUAAGUGAUGCAAAGUAUUGAGAUGAAUAAAUAUUCUUUGGAAGGUAUUUAUAGCUUGAUUGAGUAAGAGUUUGCCAAUGUUAUAAGCAAAAAAGGUUGUUUAAUUUGUGUCUGUUCUUUUUUUCCUGUAGGCAAAAAGAGUAUUAGAAAAGUAUUUGGGUUCAUUGCUGACUCAAUGAAGAAAUCAUAUAAGCCUAAAAUGUUAUUAGGAAUCCUUAGUGUGUUAGGCCUUUAAGACAUAGAUACAUGGAUAUGAAGAAUGACAUAGAUAUGAAGAAUGACAUAGAUAUGAAGAAUGAAUUGAACUGAGUAGCCAGAGAUAUUAGAGCUUCCCUUUAAGGGAAAUUUAAAGGGAAAUGAGAGAAUUCUACUGGAACAUUUUAGACUUAAACUAGAAAAAAAAUUAAAUGGUUUCCAUAGUACGAAAGUGUACUUUAAGAAGUUUGAAUGGGGUUUACAGCACCAUCUCCCUUGCAGUUACUUGCCUGAAGUCCCCUCACAUGGAUACUUGAAUGUUGGAGUACCUGCUUCUCUGCAGUGAAAAAGGCUCUUGAGUCUCUGAAUGCCAGAAAGGCUCAUCUUUCCUUUGUAUAUCUGGGUGGGGGGCGGGACACUCCUUACUGUGCAGUUUUUAGAUCUGUGUGGCUGAUCGUAUGUGGGCACCUGAGAGAUCUGUCUCAUUCACGCUUCAUUCACGCGGGAUGUAGGACUGUUGCCCUCAUGCUCAACGGCUAUUCCACAGUCCCCUGCUAGCUCCACACCCUCCACACCUUUCAGCUUUAUUGGCCAAACUUUCACUCAGAGGUCAAGUGAAGUCAAGAAGAAGUCCAAAGAAGUUUUUGUCUGGGAUUUAAGGAGGAGGCUCCAUAGCAGUAAAGUUAGAAAUCUGAAACAAUGGGUGACUGGAGCUUUCUGGGGAGACUAUUAGAGAAUGCGCAGGAGCACUCCACGGUUAUUGGCAAGGUUUGGCUGACAGUACUGUUUAUCUUCAGGAUACUGGUGCUGGGGGCUGCUGCUGAGGAGGUCUGGGGAGACGAGCAGUCAGACUUUACAUGCAACACUCAGCAACCUGGUUGUGAAAAUGUUUGCUAUGACAAAGCCUUCCCCAUUUCUCACAUCCGCUUCUGGGUCCUGCAGAUCAUUUUUGUCUCCACUCCAACCCUCAUUUACCUGGGCCAUGUCCUGCACAUUGUACGCAUGGAGGAGAAGAGGAAAGAGAAAGAAGAGCUGAAAAAGAAGGGAAGCGGCAAAGAUGGCAACUACGCAGUAGCAGCAGCAGCAUCUGGCAGUGGUGGUGGAGGAGGCAACAAUAACAUCAAGGAUCCUAUUAGCAAAAGGGGGAAGGAGAAGCUCCCAAUCCGUGAUGAGCGUGGUAGAAUCCGUAUGGGGGGUGCCUUGCUCCGUACCUAUGUCUUCAACAUCGUAUUCAAGACACUGUUCGAGGUGGGCUUCAUUGUGGGCCAGUACUUCCUGUAUGGCUUUGAGCUAAAACCAGUCUACCAGUGCAGCCGCUCACCUUGUCCACACACUGUCGACUGCUUCAUCUCAAGGCCCACUGAGAAGACCAUCUUCAUAAUCUUCAUGUUGGUGGUGGCCUCAGUCUCCCUGCUGCUGAACAUGCUUGAGAUAUAUCACUUGGGGUGGAAAAAGCUUAAGCAGGGCAUGACAAGCCAGUACAUCCUUGAGAUGCCUGUUGCAACAAUGACACCAGUUAUGGUAACAGGGGAGUCCAAACCUGUUUCCCUGCCACCACCAGCACCACCUGUGGUGGUAACAACUGCCGCACCACCCCCUGUUCUGCCUGACACCCGCGCUGUCACACCACUGCUGGCCCCAGUCACCAUGGCAUCAUACUAUGCUACAGCUGCUCCGAGACCACGGCCCCCCUCCAACACAACCUCCAUGGCAAGCUACCCUGUUGCUCCACCAGUUCCUGAGGAGAGACACCGUGCUGUGACUCCCACGCCCAUCUCUACUCCUGUCACCAUCCCAACCCCCAUUCCCACACCCACCCCAGCCGUCAUCAGCUACUUCAACAGCAGCAGCCGUGCCCUGACAUCCGAGCAGAACUGGGUCAACAUGGCAGCGGAGCAGCAGGGGAAGGUUUCCUCCAGCUCAGCGGGCUCUUCUACCCCGAGCAGUGUCCGGCAUCACCUUCCCGAGCAGGAAGAGCCACUGGAGCAGCUACUCCCACCCCCAGCCGUGCUGCCCGUAGCUGCAGCCAACAGUGGCAGCAGCACCAGCCUGAGCGGGACGAGCGGCAGCAAGUGGGAUGUGGAGGGCGAGGAGGAGCUGUCAGGGGCACGGCCCGUGUCGGCCGCCUGCACCACUGUGGAGAUGCACGAGCCACCGCUGCUCGUAGACACGCGGCGCCUGAGCAGGGCCAGUGAAGCUCGGGGGGAGAAAUGUAAGUCUAUUGCAACCCCUAAGAGAAGUCUGAGAGAGCAGCCUCUGCAUCCGAGCAGUACUGGUCUAAGAAAGCAAAGCUAUAACUCUGCGCUUUUAAGAUCAGCUUAAGUUCCAUCACAUAACUAUGCAGCGUCAAGCCUCUUCAUUACCUACAGUUUCAUUUGGAGUCCAGUAACUGUUUCUUCAUUUAAGCCCAGGUAACUGUUUUGGCAGAACUCCUCCUUAGUGCUUACAACUGCUUUUAGUUGCUGCGUCACAUCUGGGUUCAGAUUUGUUGAAAGAAAAAUCUUAUUGGUGUGGCAAAUUUUGAGCGCUCUAAUCUUUACUCAUGAAUGAACACUGCAUUCAACGUCCUAUGAGUCAAGUAUAACUAUGGAGAAUUCCUCCUUCUAGAAAGUAUGUACAAACACUCACUAACUUACAGAAUAGACUGUCGUUAAAAACUAUCUGAUAGUUUCCAAGUCAUUUACUCUUUUACAUCAAUUAAUUACAGAGUCUCAUGGGAACUGGUAGAAAGUGAUAUUUUGAUUUAGCCCGGUCAUACGACUGUUCAAUCCAAAAUCCGGAAAGACCUUAGAUGCACAGCUAAGAUGAAACCUUUAGGUAAGUUAUUGCAAAAGCAGAAGUCAGAACAGAAUCAUGCCUGAUAUUAAGCAAACUGAAAAAAAACCCACUCAUUUUUGCUCUUUGAGUAGAAUAAUUGUGGGGAAACUUAUUCUCUCUCUUACUUGAAGUUAAAAAAUAUACUGAGGUGAAGUAUGGAAAGAAAACUGAAAGAAAAUACUCUUUGAACAAGUUACCAGGUGUAGUAUAUUUGUCAUACAUCAAGGCACUCAGAGCUAAUAAAUGUCUGACAUUUUUCAGCUCUUGAGAUUAUUUUCUGAUACGAAUACAUAAGUGUAGGAUCAGUGAAAUAAUUAAAGCAAGCUUUAAAAACCAGAUCAGUACUUAGGUCCUUUUUUGGUUAGUCAUGGGACCACCUCCUCAGCUGCUACAAACUGUUGUAUUCCACUGAGUUCAUGUGGGUGACAGCAGUCUGCAAAAGCAGAGCAUUGAGCCCCCAGGUCUUUUUGUUUAAUACAGACACUAACACCAUGGAUUUGAACAGGCUGGGUUUUUUUCUUUAAUUCCAUGUUUUACUUUGAUUUUUCUUGUGAAAAGUGUGCUCCUGUAAUUUUGAUUUUUCUGAAGUUUACAUUCAGUUUUUGAUUUCAGAUUGCACAUUUGGAUGAAAUAAACUGCUUUCUAAGUUUACAUUUGUAUAAUAAGUAAAAGAAUGACUCUGCCAAUGUGUUAAACUUAAGAGAGAAAUGUCUUACUAUAACACAGGAACUCUUUAGACAUAAGGCAGUACCAUUAAAGACAGUUUAACCUGAUCAUUGAUCUAUAGUAUCAGCUUUCUCUUUAUAUUUGAAAUAUGGGAGUUGGAUAUAUAGGGAGCAAACUAUGGAAAAAGAUACUUUUCAUCAUGAACUCAAUUAUUACCAAAUAAAAUAAGGUUCAUUAUUGUUCAUAUGGCUUCCUGUGUGUUUAGAGGUUCAAUGACAAAAACUAGCUGUGACAUAGGUCCUUUAAGAGCUAAAUUUACAACCUGGCUUAAAAUUCCAAACAAAAUACUUGAGGAUAAACACUGCACUGUUACACUGUAGAAGAUUUUACAAAAAAUAAAUGUUUUGCUUUCUAUGCAAAAAUAUGGUUCUGAACCUGCAAAUACAAUUUCAUGCAAGUUAUUUUAACUUCUGCAAAUAAGACCAUUAAAGGUAAUGAGACUAUUUGCAUAAGCAAAAAAUACUGAUGUGAAAAAGAAAUUGUAGAUUUGCAUUUUAAGUUUGCUGUAGAUACCAAUGUAGUUCUAGAAGUUUCAGUUCUUGAAGAGUUAUGUGAGCAUAUUUUAAGGUGGAGAAUAUACUGCUAAUCCCAUUGCCACUGUUUCUCACAGUUAAUGGGUUGUAAAGCAUAAGAAGGCUUACUCAGAACUUUCUUGUCGCUUUCCAGAUGUUUACCUUUUACAUGACAGUAAACAUAACAAGUUUUCUGGGCUGUCAGGAACUUGUAGAACAAUAAAACCAGCAAACAGUUAAAAGUGCUGUCUUCAACAAAGUGCCUUGUAUAUUAAAUUCUGUAAGAAGCAAGUUGAUGUAAACGUUAAUUUACCUCAUAUGUUUACAAAAUUGUGACUAAAUAAAC